UGUGAAUGCACGUUUUCAAAUUCUUUCGGGAUGAGUGAGAGUGACGCACUUUUUGACGAUGUUUAUGAACUACAUGAAAUUAUAGGAAAGGGACCUUUCAGUGUUAUACGACGUUGUACUCACAAGGAUACUGGUAUUGAAUAUGCAGUGAAAAUAGUCGAUGUGGUGAAGUUUACAAGCAGUCCAGGACUUUCAACUGCAGAUUUAAAACGUGAAGCCAGUAUAUGUCAUCUGUUAAAACAUCCACAUAUUGUUGAAUUAGUUGAAACGUACAGUAGUGAUGGGAUGUUAUACAUGAUAUUUGAAUACAUGAAAGGUGCUGAUCUCGCAUUUGAAAUUGUCAAACGUGCUACAGCUGGUUUUGUGUAUAGUGAAGCAGUGGCAAGUCACUAUUUACGACAAAUUUUGGAAGCUAUACGUUACUGUCAUGAAAAUAAUAUUAUUCAUCGUGAUUUAAAACCACAUUGUAUUGUGUUAGCUAGUAAAGAGAAUUCAGCACCAGUUAAACUUGGUGGUUUCGGUUUAGCUACACACCUAAACUUGGAUACAAAUCAAGUUAGUGGAGAUUCACCAAUUACAGUUGAUCAAGAAAUAUUUGUUUCUUUGCGUUCUGAUCAAUGUGGUCGUAUUGGUACGCCACAUUAUAUGGCACCUGAAAUGAUUCGUCAUGAACCGUAUGGAAAGGCUGUAGACGCAUGGAGUUGUGGUAUCUUACUAUUUGUACUGCUUAGUGGUUCUCUACCUUUCUAUGGAACAAGAGAUAUCCUGUUUACACAAAUAGUUUCUGGACGUUAUCAUCGUCAACCUCAAGUAUGGAAUAUGAUAUCACCAGAGGCAAGAGAUUUAGUCAAAAGACUACUUGAAACAGAUCCAACACAACGAUUAACAAUUGAAGAAGCUUUACGUCAUCCAUGGAUAAGUCAAAAAGCUCGAGCAUCUAAAACGCAUCUACAUGAAACAGUUGAAGAGAUGAGACGUUUCAAUGCUAGACGUAAACUUAAGGGCGCCAUAUUAGCUGCUGUUUCGAGUACAAAAUGGGCAAGCUUUUAUACAGAGCCAAAUAUUAUGUCGGAUGAUGAUAUACUAGAUGAAGAUGAUGAGGUCACAUCAGCGGCUGUCAGUGCAGUAUUGGAUAGUUUUGAAGAGAUGCAGUGUCUUACAGAAUGUUUUGAAAAAGAUGCUGAUCUUUUUCAACCAGUAUUUGAAGAUGAGCACUUACAUUGUUUAUUAGAGCUCUAUGAUCAUAUUAAUACACAUUCACCUGGUAGUGAUUUUCGUGUUCCUGCUGAUGCAACGGAAAAAUGGUCUGAGGUUUUGGCAGAAUUAUCUUUACUGAAUAAAACAGAAAUGGUAUCAACAGUUAAUGAAUUAAGAUUCUAUAUGAAACAACCUCACUUUCGAGCAUUACUUCAAACAUACGAUGUGAUAGCUCAAGAAGUUUAUAGUCCAGAGGCAAUUCGUGUCACACCACCACCAUUGUCAUCAUUUUUGAACGGGGAUGAAGAUGAUCACAUGGAGUCAGAUACAGAACAACCACAAGUAACUCGUGUACGAUUAGUACAAUUUCAAAAGAAUACAGAUGAACCAAUGGGCAUCACUUUGAAACUUAAUGAAGAAAAUAAAUGUAUUGUGGCAAGAAUUCUGCACGGUGGUAUGAUACAUCGUCAAGGUACCCUUCAUGUUGGUGAUGAAUUACGUGAGAUCAACAGUGAACCGGUGGCUGGUCGUUCAAUCGAACAUUUACAACGAUUACUGCGUAAUGCUCGUGGAAAUGUGAGUUUGAAAAUUAUUCCCAGUUAUCGAACACAUCCAUUACAGUGUGAAAUAUAUGUGCGCGCAAUGUUUGAUUAUAGCCCUGAAAAUGAUGAUUUAAUACCAUGUACACAAGCUGGUAUCCACUUUCAUAUUGGGGAUAUUUUACAGAUUAUUAGUAAAGAUGAUCAUAAUUGGUGGCAAGCUCGUUUAUGGGGUUCAGAUUAUCAAGCACCAGCUGGACUUAUACCUAGUCCAGAACUUCAAGAAUGGCGUAUGGCUAAUAAAGCCGCUGAAUUAUCUCGUGAAAUGGGUAUUACACAUUGUGGUGCAUGGUUUAAGCGUAGAAAACGUCAAUUCAAAGAUAAGUAUAAAAGUAAACAUACAGCUAUAUAUGAUCAAUUGGAUUUAAUCACAUAUGAAGAAGUAGUAAGAUUACCACAAUUCCGUCGAAGAACACUAGUAUUACUUGGUGCACAUGGAGUUGGUCGACGUCAUAUAAAGAAUUGUUUAAUUCAAUCAUGUCCUGAUAAAUUUGCCUAUCCUAUUCCUCACACAACACGUACACCACGUAAAGAUGAAGUCAAUGGUAAAAAUUAUUAUUUUAUAUCACACGAUGAAAUGAUGCGAGACAUUGCAAGUAAUGAAUAUUUAGAGUAUGGUGCACAUGAAGGUGCAAUGUAUGGAACAAAAUUGGAUACAAUUAGACAAAUUCAUGCAGCAAGUUUAAUUGCAAUAUUAGAUGUGGAACCUCAAGCAUUGAAAAUAUUACGUGGCGCUGAAUUUGCUCCAUGUGUUGUGUUUAUUGCUGCACCAACUCUUAAUGAUAUGACAAAUGGACAGCAUAACAACAAUACAGCCGAUACUACUAAUAAUAAUAAUAGUAGUAGUAAUAAUGGUAGUUUAGAGAGAUUAGUUCGAGAAAGUGCACUCUUAGAACAACAUUAUAGUCAUUUUUUUGAUUUAAAAAUUGUUAACAAUGAUAUUGAAGAAACAGUUAUUCAAUUGAAACGUGCAAUAGAUGAAUUUCAAACUAAUCCACAAUGGAUACCAGUUACAUGGGUUUAUUAAUAUCAUUAAAAUUAUCCAUAAUUAUCAUGAUAUUAUUUAUUGUAUACUUAUUGAUAAUAAUUAAAAAUUUGAGUAUAAAUAAAUAUUAUCAUUUAUAACUAUUUAAAGAUAGAUAUAGUUUAUCAGAAUAAUAUUUAUAUUCUGAGUGAUAAUUGAAGAUGAAAUAAAAAUUUAAUGGUUACUGGUUCGAAUCCGGUCACAGUUCAGAUUUUCAUCUCACCUAGUAUAAAUAAACAUUGUUUAUAGUCAUGAUCUCUUUCUUUGAAAUAUGUUUUAUUCUUAGUAAAUGUCUUUCAUAUUAUAUAUUCAGGUCUACUAUAAUACUUUAUAUUCUUUAGUGUUGUCAUUGUGUGUAUGCCUACUUUUUUAGUUGAAAUUCAUCUUUUAUUAUGUGUUGUAUUUGUAAUUCUCUUCCAUAAUAAUGAAAUAUGUUUAAUUGGAGUUUUAUUACUGAUUUUUAUUUCAUUAAUUAAAUAGGAAGUAUGAUUUUAUGCUAUAAACUUAUUUUCAAAAUGUGUACCGCUUUUUUUUUUUGUUUGUUUAAAAUUAUAGUUUUUAGUGAAUAAGUUUAUUCUAUAUUUUUCAAUUUUUUUUUUCUUUUGUACAUAAAUUCAUUGACAAGUUGGUGAAAUGUUUAUUUAUUCAUUGAUAACAUAAUAUGUAUUUGAAGUUUUCAUAGUUUUGCUUUCUUGUUUUAAUGCAAUUAGAAGUAAUUCAGUCCAUUGGACAUUGAUCAUAGAAAUAUGAUUUUAUUAGUCAUUCAUUUUACUUCAAUUUAUCAACGAAUUUUCUCUUAUAUUUUCUUUUGAAUGGUUUUAAGUUGGCUUAUGGCAUUUAAUUAAUAUAAAGAAUGAAGUAAUAAAUGUGUAUAUGAAAACUUUAUUAUAAAUAAUCAGAUGCUAUUUAUGUCAUUAUGGCGCAAAGUUCAAUGUUUCAUAGAUUACAAGGUGGUAGGAAGUUCUAACUGUGAAUGGUUCUCAUUUGAUAUUUUCUAACUUUGUUGUUUAAUCUACUAGACAGAUGUUUAAAAUGUAUGUCAUGUGUGUGUUUCAUGACUCAAUCCUUUCAGAAUAACAAGCAC